CUUGAUUAGGCAUCACAAAAGAUUCCAUUUCUAAAUGUCCAUCUGAAGUUUCCAUCACAAGCACUUUGAAGAAAUGUAUAAUCAAAUAUCAAUAAUUAUUGAACUCAUACUGAACUGCAGCAUACAAACUUAGGUAGAUAUAAUGGUCCAGUGCAGCAGUAAACAUUUGGAUAACAAUGGAAGACAGACAGAGCAUUAUAGAGCAGAGACGGAUUCAGCGUAAAAAGAAGCGCGACUUGAAGAAGUUACACAAGGCGGAGGAGAUUCAAAUAAUCGAGGCUAAGAGGAAUCAAUGCGUCCCUUUGAUCUCCAAAGAGGAGUACGAGAAGUACGCAAAUCCUGGAGCCGGAAGACCGAGCCGUCCCUUCUCUGCGAACUUAAUCGAGAUCUCGCAGAAACCGCGUAACAAUCUGAUUUUGCCGCAACCUGAGCAAAAACCGAACAAAAAAUAUUCGGGGAAUCCGCUGGACUCUUCGCAACCGGAAAGAUCUACCGGUAAACACAGAGAAGAACCUAAACCUAAAAAGUUGACCAGGUUGAAAAAAGACGUAAAGGCUACUCAAGAAACAUCUGAUAUAUGCGUAAAAUACUGCGAAAAUUUAGUCAAUAACGAUGUUGAUUUACUGGCAGCGAAAUUAAUAGCGGAGAUUGUAGAGUUACAAGAAAAGUUGUACAAAAAAGAUCAUUUGAAAGGGCAGAGACAGAGGAAAUACGUGGUCGGCUUUAACCAAGUGAUGAAGUAUUUGACUAUAAACAAAUUGAAAGCUUUAAUUAUUGCCGUCGACGUGAAAGUGUUGAAAGAAGGUGAUAUGUUGCAUGAAACUAUUCUGAAAUGCGUCCGACUAGCGAAAACCAACAAUAUUCCUUAUAUAUUCGCACUGAAACGACGCAAAAUUGGUUUGAUCACCAUGAAAUUCCUACCUGUGAGUUGCUUUGGUGUACUGAACUUCCAAGGAGCAAAUGAAAGUUUUAAUAUUCUAAUAGCGGAGAGUAAAAAGAUAAAUCCUCGUCUAGAUAUCGACGAAGAAGACAAUAACAUUGCUUCUGCAAUCAGACAAAUCUCUGGUAAAAUUCUGACCGAUUCUCAAUGAUGGGGAAAUAUAAAGAUAUUAGAUUUUCAUUGUAAGAUAAAUAUCUGUAUAUAUUUAU